GGUUUGCUUGAACAACGAACCAGUGCAGUGGUUGACGGCUUCAAGGAGGUCGAUGUUCUCUGUUUUUGUGAAGUUCUGAAGUCGCCAUUAUGGCUAGCUCUGAUACUCUGUUCAACGCCGAUCAUGGCUAUCUGGAGGGCCUUGUCCGUGGGUUCCGUGGAGGUGUAUUGUCGCAGGCUGAUUACAUGAACUUGACGCAAUGUGAAACUCUCGAGGAUUUGAAGCUGCAUCUGCAAAGUACAGACUAUGGAAAUUUCUUGCAGAACGAGGCGGGACCACUGACGGUUGCUGUUGUUGAUGACAAGCUUCGUGAGAAGCUCGUCACCGAGUUUACAUACUUUCGCAAUCACUCUCUCCCACCACUCUCCCAAUUCUUUGAUUUCAUCACGUAUGGUUACAUGAUCGACAACAUCAUCUUGCUGAUCACUGGUACACUGCACAAUCGGUCGAUCUCCGAACUCCUACCCAAGUGUCAUCCACUUGGCCAAUUUGAGGAACUCGGUUCAUUGGGCAUUGCACAGACUGCAAAGGACCUGUACAAUGCAGUGCUGGUGGACACACCACUCGCUAUGUUCUUCCAAGAAUGUGUAUCGGAGCAAGAUCUUGAUGAGCUUCACAUUGAGAUCAUCAGAAACACUCUCUACAAGUCAUAUCUGGAAGCAUUCUAUGAGUUCUGUGAGUCUAUUGGUGGCUCCACAGCUGAGAUGAUGUGCCCCAUUCUCCAGUUUGAGGCCGAUCGCCGUGCAUUCAACAUCACAAUCAACUCUUUCGGAACUGAACUUGGCAAGGAUGACCGUGCCAAGCUGUUCCCAAGAUGUGGCCGACUCUACCCGGACGGUCUGUCCCGACUGGCCAAGGCUGAUGACUACGAGCAAGUGCGACAAGUGGCCGAGUGCUACGGGGAGUAUGCCGCCAUGUUUGAAGGUGCUGGCUCCGGACCUGGCGAGAAGACACUUGAAGACAAGUUCUUUGAGUAUGAGGUCAAGCUGAACGUGAACGCUUUCAUGAAUCAGUUCCAUUUCGGCGUUUUCUACGCUUAUGUCAAACUGAAGGAGCAGGAGUGCCGCAACAUCGUCUGGAUUUCAGAGUGCAUUGCACAGCAGAACCGCUCCAAGAUUGAUAAUUAUGUAUCUAUUUUUUAAAUUGACCAUGUCAGUGUUUCCCCCGAAAUUUCCACCUUUAGCCUAGGCAUAUGAAUAUUAGUGUAUAUGUCACAUACUUUCUUGUCUUCCUUCUCCGCUAAGAGGGUUACUGUCAGUAUAUCAUACAAACAAUUUCCAAAUUCUCAUGACAAGUGCUUUGUUUCUGCCAUGUAGUGCAUAGCUUUUUUUUUGUAUUGAGCGAUCAUCUAAAAUAUUCAUCUUUAUCAUCAUCUUCAUGGCAUAGGGAGCUUAACGCCAUUCCGUACUGUGCUUGUUUUGCCAUUUUGCUAUUUGUUCCCAAUGUUUUAUUUUCUUGGUUUAUUUUGCUGAGUGCUUGCAACUAGCAUUGGGAAUUGCAGCAGCAGCAGCAGGUGCACUGAACCUUUUCAGGGCCGUUAGAACAUGCACAGUCACGUUGAUAUCUUGUGUUCUAAAUACAUGUAGUGACCUUUAACUUUUUUUUUUGUAGUGCUACACGGUUGUGUGUCACUGACUUGGACUCGGACUAUGUGACCUUACUUGUAGUGUAUACGAAAGCUGUGUUUACAUGAGA